AUGAAACAUAUCGUCAUCGUGGAUGAGGUUUGCGCCGACAAUUUCGUCGUCGAUUAUCCUAUGCAUGGUCCCCGUCGUGGUAAAGAAGCGGCCAAGAAAAUGCUACUUGAGUUUCGAGAGGCGUUCCCGGGUAUUUCCUUCCACGCCUACAAAUUCCCCCUCAUUGCUGAGGGAGACUACGUGGUAGGCCGCUGGAUUGGGGGUGGCAAGCACACCGGCCGUGAAUUCGACGACCUUGCAGUUGGCAAGCUCGGCCAGCCAAAUACCGGAAAGGAGGUCUAUUUCUCCGGAACAACCAUUUUCACAUUGCAGAAUGGAAAAAUUGUGGAUGAGAUUGGCGAAGAGCAAGCCCUGACAGCUCUGCAGCAGCUAGGGUUAGUUGCUCCUCCUAACCCAGGCAAAGAGGUCAAGUACGAUGCAGAGGGAAAUCAUGUUUGA